AUGAAGGCUGUAGCCCGAAGUUACGUAUGGUGGCCCGGUAUCGAUGCCGACAUCGAGGCGUGCUGCGCGGGGUGUCACACGUGCGCAGCGGAGGCGCCGGCGCCCCCGCGCGCGCCUGUUAAGCCGUGGGAGUACCCCGGGGAGGUAUGGACGCGGGUGCAUGUUGAUUUUUUGGGUCCAUGGCACGGUAAAACUUUUUUGAUUUUAAUAGAUGCGUCUUCGAAGUGGAUAGAGGCUUUCUUAAUGACCAGCACUACAGGAGCGGCGGUUUUAAAAGUGCUAAGGGAGAUAUUUGCACGAUUUGGCUUUCCUAAACAGGUAGUUUCCGACAACGGGCCUCCAUUUACUAGCCGAGAGGUAGACACCUUCAUGCGAUAUUAUGGGAUUACUCAUACUUUUACACCAGCGUAUCACCCGGCAUCAAAUGGGGCCGCCGAGACGGCUGUUAAGUUAUGCAAAAGGGCGCUCAAAAAGGCAGUUAGGGAUCAAGUAGACGUGGAAGAAGCUCUUCAGGAAUAUUUGAUGGCGUAUAGGAAUACUCCUCACAGCACCACUGGACAAACACCGGCCAUGCUUCUUCAAAGGCGGGCAUUGCGUUGCCGUCUGGACAUGUUACGGCCCGGGCGCAGGCUCGAGCAGCGUGUGGAAGCGGCACAAGAACGGCAGGUGCAACAAGCGGGGGGUACCGAUAGGGUGUUUCGGAUAGGAGACCUUGUGUGGUUUAGGGAUUACAGCUCGGGGGAGAAAUGGCUUAAAGGGAAGGUGGAUACCGUGAUAGGUUCUAGGACCGUGUUAGUGGUAAAGGAAAACGAUUUAUCAACUAAGUUUAAGAGGCAUGUAGAUCAAAUUAGAGCGCGACCACCAGUUUUAGCGUUGGCGUGGCCGAGUCCGAUGGACCAUCCGGGAAUCUCCCAACCACCACCGAUACCACCCGGACCGUCGUCAGUGCAUAGACCUCGUCGAAAUAUACCACCGGUCGAUCACUACGGUGAUCCCCUUUUAUAUUAG